UCUGGCCACUCAUUUAUUCACUGCCCUCUGCUCCAUGCCAAAGUAGCAGGUAAAGGAGGGGCUGCAUAACUGCAACAGGAGGAGGGCGGGGAGAAAAAAAGAAAAAAAAAAGGUCAUGUGAUCAUUUGGAAAGGAACUGCUCCCUUGGAAGUGGUUCUUCCUGAUUCGACACACAGGACGGAGGAGGAGUAUUUAGCUGAGAGCCAGACUGAGUAAUACAGGUUUGAGCGCUCUGUCCCACACGCACGCACACACCGAGCUGUACGCUCACACGCCAGACGCUGCUGUGAACUCUCAUCGACUGCUAAGGAAGUUCCGGAGUUCCAGAAGCUACCACACGCGAGCUCCGGCGAGUCCCCGCCACCUCAGAGGGGAGCGUGACCGCGUUCGGCAGGACAGCGCGAGAGAAGCGCAACUUAAAGACGACCCGAGGGACGGGCUUCCACCGUGGGAGAUUCGGCUCCCCCCCUCCUCUCAGCUCCCGGAGUCCGCCGGCAGUUUUCUUAGAAGGCGCUGCCGCUGUUAACCUUUAGUUCCUGGGGCUAUUGAGCCGGACUGAUGUGGAAUGUGACCCUUCCUGACCCGGUGCGACGGGCAGCCUUUGAGUGAAGAAGACGGGGACAGAGGGAGAUAAUAGACUGAAGGGGCAUAAAAGGAAGAGUGAGAGGCAGCGGUAAGAAACCUAUAGUUCUGAGGAAGAAAAGGAGGCAGUCAGAAGACUCUUUGAAUCAGGACUUUUUUUUUUUCACGAGCACAAUAAGGACUCUCUUUGGGCCGGGCUCCGCCCCCUAGCAUGCCUGUCGAAACGCUGCUGCCCUCGGACGGGCGGAUGGCGGGCGCCCCCCUCGCCUCCGCCAUGCCCUUCCGCCUCCUCAACAAGGGGCCCGAGUACUUCCGGCGGGCCCCGGAGCCCGGGGCGCGCAAGCCGAGCGCCGUGGAGCGCCUGGAGGCCGACAAGGCCAAGUACGUGAAGAGCCAGCAGGUGGCCCGCACCAAGCAGGAGCCCGUCAAGCCGCCCAUCAUCCGCAAGCCGCUGCUGUCCCCCAGCAUGCUGCUGCAGUGCCGCAUCAACAGCCCCCCGGCCCGCAAGGUCCCGCGCCGGCCCGCCGACUCCCACGCCGGCCCGCUCAACCUGGAGAUCCUCAACAACCUCAUCAACGUGUGCGAGGGCCCGCCCCCCGCCGCCCCCGCCUGCCUGUCCGCCAGCAAGGGCAAGCCGCCCCCCGCCAACUCCUCGUCCGGCUCGUCCUCCUCUUCGUCUCCGCUCGACAAGCCGCUGCCCGACGACCAGAACCGGCGGCCCCCUCCCGUGCUGGCGCGCGCCAUGAAGGCCGGGGCGUACAGCUCGCCCGCGGGGGGCUCGCCCAACACGGUGACGGUGCGGCGUGUGGACGUGCGGCCGCAGGCCGAGGUCAGGAAGCCCCAGAGGAUGCCUCUGCAGCCGCAGGCACCCAAACGGCAGGUAGCCCAGCCGCAGGCUCCGCCCCCGCCGCCGCUGGCCCCUGCGCAGCCGGCCCCCACGCAGCCCUCCGCCAUCCCCUCCUUGCCCUCCGUCCUGCCCUCGGUCCUGCCCCCGCCGCUCCCCCAGCCCUGCCUGCCCGCCAGCCCCCGGCUCCUGUGCGGCAUGCUGCCCCCGGGCUCCCCCGCCUUCACCCGCCUCUCCUCCGCCAGCUCGCGCAGCUCCCCGCGGGACGGCCCGGGCUCGGGCCGCCGCCACCCCUCCCUGCACCGCUCCAAGUCGGACCUGAGCGACCGCUACUCCCGCGCCACCGCCGACCUGGAGCGCUUCUUCAACUACUGCGGGCUGGACCCGGGCGAGGUGGAGGGCCUGGGGGUGGAGCGCUUCGCCCGCGCCAGCUCCGACAUCGUGUCGGUGUCCAAGCUGCGCAGCGUCAGCACCCCCAGCUCCGAGUGUGGCGCCCCGUCCCAGCGCAGCCGCGCCGAGCAGGAGGAGGGGCCCCCGUCGGCCGAGCGCGCCCCCUACGGGAUCUCGGUCAUCGAGAGGAACGCGCGCGUCAUCAAGUGGCUGUACGGCAUCCGGCAGGCGCGAGAUGCCCACAGCGUGUCCAACGUGUAGCGCGGGGCUGGAGCGGACUGCGGGGAGGGAAGGCUGCAAGAGACUCCUUCUUUCCUAGCCGACUUCUUUUUUUGUAUUUAUUUAUUAAGCGACGACCUGUCAAGAUGUUCUGAAGCUCAAAGGUGUACAUUUCCUUUUGUAUAGUUGACUUGCAGGAAGGACAGUUCGGUGUUUUCUCUUGCCUUAUGUUCAGUUCAGUGAUGUCAUUUUUUUCCGGUUGGGAAUGGUUUCCCGGGAGGGCGCUUAUCAAACCACCAGCAGGACUGCUAACCUCGAGGAGAAAGAGGCAAGAAAUAAACUGAACUCUUUGCAUUUAGCUGGGAAGAAACUGGCAAUUAAAGCAAUAAUGAUGAUGAUUGGAAGGUAAUGGUGUAAUAGGUACCGAGUCGAUGGUAAAGGGGAUAUGGCCUUCAACCCAGUGAGUGUGAUCUGCUCACUGUGGGAAAAGCAAUGAAACCUAAUGUGUGCAAACAGAUGCCUUUAAACACUUUGAUUCCGGUCUCGGGCAUGAGCAGCCAGCUACUGCUGUGUAUUAUGAAGCAGGUGAGAUUGGAUGUGGUUGUUCAGGUGAAUGGAGAGAAUAAGGAUACUGUGAAAAUGGGCAGUUUCAGGUGACUCAUGGCAGUUUUUGCAGUAUGUGUGCAUGCAUGUUCUGUCAUUAUGUCUGAAACAUCAUUUCAACAAAGCACAAAUUCUUCACGUCGACUUGCACACACAUGCGCACAGUUUCUUCCCCUUCUCAUUGUGGAAAUGUUCUGAAUGGGGCAACGAUGUAUUCACACUGAGUUUUUGUUGUUUUUUGUUUUGUUUUUUUUGGUCUGUUAUUUCUCUUGAGAAAGGUUUUGUUGUAAGAAAGGUAAGCGAAUGUCAUGUGAAGUUAUAGACAGGUGGCUGACGUAAGUAAUGAAGUGGACGAGUACACCGCAGACAGGUGUCUGGUUGCUACGGUUGGAAUCAAAGCACAGGUGUGUGAAUACAGAGCGAACCAAGAUGGCGUCUGUCCUGAGGGCAAGAGAGAGACCCAGAGACGGACGAGUUUGAGAGAUGGUAGAAAAGUUGAAAGAAGGUAGAGAGGGGACUGAAUUUAGUGGGUGCACAGGAAGUUUGAGCAUUUCUGUUAAAGUAUAAGUUUGAUGUUUUUGUGAGACCUGUAUUAAUACACAGCAUUUUUUAGAUGUAUUUUUUCAGUGUGCAAUGGUAAUCCCAAAGGUAUCUACACACACACAGAUGGGUACAGGUAUGAGCAAUGGAAUAUAAGCGUAUUGUAUGCUGGAGAAAGCGUGGGUGUGCAUCUAUGAAAAGAGAUGGGUUUAUUUCACCUGGAUAAAUAAGAUAUUCUCCCCGGAGGUCAUUGAGAACUUCCUUGUACUGUUUUUUGUCAAGUUUUGGCCAGCUAGAGUGUUCAGAUGAGUAUCUUUUAUCUGCGACUUCUGUGUAUUCAGAAAAUGUCAAUAAAGUAUUUAAAUAACA